AAAAUAUUUUUCAAUAAAUUUUAUAAUUGUAUUUUCCAGGGAAAACGUGGUAGACAAGGUAAACCUGGAUCUUCUGGUGAAAAAGGACAAAAAGGAGAACCUGGAUUUACAGGUAGAGAUGGAGCACCUGGAGAAAAGGGACCACCUGGAGAAAAUGGUAGACUAGGAUUAGCUGGUAGUCAAGGUCCCAUUGGUCCUCCAGGAAUAACCAUUCCUAUGGGUGAAGCACUUCCUGGUCCAAGAGGAACUCAAGGAGUGCCAGGAGACAGAGGCCCUCCAGGUGUUCCAGGAAUCCCAGGAUCUACGGGACCUGUGGGAUUUCGUGGUUUGCCAGGCAAUCCAGGUCCAGCAGGAGAAGAAGGAGCAAUUGGACCUCCAGGACUAAUUGUUAGAGGCGACCCAGGAGAAGAUGGAUUUCCAGGUAUACCUGGUCAACGAGGAAGACAAGGACCCCCAGGUUUACAAGGUCCCAGAGGUGAAAAAGGACAACCUGGAAUUACAGUAUUUGGUCCUCCUGGUAGUGAUGGACGUCCUGGAAAUGAUGGAAUUCGUGGCUUACCAGGUGAAAGAGGUGAACCAGGACCACAAGGUGAUAAAGGAUUACCUGGAAUUGGUGUUCCUCGUAGGGGACCUCCAGGUCCACAAGGUCUUCCAGGAUAUCCUGGAGAUUAUGGACCUCCAGGAAUACCUGGUACUGAUGGACUUUUUGGUUUCCCUGGAGAGCGUGGAGAUGAUUGUGGAUAUUGUCCACCUGGAAUACCUGGUUUUAAAGGUUCACCAGGAGAUGAUGGAAGAGAUGGUCUUGCUGGUCCUCCAGGAUUUCAAGGAUUACCAGGGCCUCGUGGUAGAAAAGGAGAGCCAGGAAAUCCUGGGUUUCAAGGAAUUAAAGGAUAUCAAGGAAUACCAGGUUUACCAGGGAUAGAAGGAAGACCAGGUCAAAAAGGUGAACGUGGUGAAUUAAAAUAUCCAGAAGAUAUACAAGGACCAAAAGGAUCACCUGGUGAUCGUGGAGAACCUGGAUAUGCUGGACUACCUGGCUUUGAUGGAAGACCAGGAAAAAUAGGUUUUAUAGGAUUUCCUGGAAGAAAGGGUGAACAGGGAGAUUAUGGUGAUGUUGGUUUUCCUGGAAAUGAUGGUAUUGCAGGAAUGAGAGGUUUGCCAGGAUUAAAAGGAUUGCCUGGUGAAACAUCAUUUGGCCUCCCUGGUUCAAAAGGAAUGAAAGGAGUCCCUGGUCCCCCUGGUUUUCCAGGCAUAAAAGGCUUGCCAGGUGAAAAAGGUGAACCAUACAACUUGCAAGAAGUUAGUAAAGUAGAAUUGGUUCCAGGACCUCGAGGAAUAUCAGGAGAAAAAGGAAAAUCUGGAGAAGCUGGAGAAGUAGGUCCUGUGGGAUUGACUGGUAGAGAUGGAUUACCUGGAUUUCCUGGAAGAAAAGGUGAACCUGGAAGACCAGGAAGUUCUAUUAGAGGAUUAGAUGGCUUGAAAGGAUAUCCUGGUUUAACUGGAAAUCCUGGAUUUCCAGGAUCACCUGGACCCCAUGGUUUGCCUGGUUUAAAUGGUUUACCUGGAUUGCCAGGAAUAAAAGGAGAUAUUGGUGAACCUGGUUAUGCCAUUUAUAAAGGACCUCCAGGAAAAGUAGGUCUUCCUGGAUUUAAGGGUGAAAAAGGAAAUCUUGGACUCAUUGGUCGACAAGGAUAUGCUGGUGAACCAGGGCCUGAUGGUCCAGAUGGAGCACCUGGUCCACCAGGAUUGGCAGGACUUCCUGGCUAUAAAGGUAUUAAAGGUGAAAGAGGUAGUUCUGCACCUGGAACUAUUGGACCACCUGGAUUUCCGGGUCCUCCUGGCCUUAAUGGAAUUCCUGGAGAUAAAGGUUCUCCUGGUGAAUCAGGAUUUCCUGGAUUGUAUGGCUUUAAAGGUGUUAAAGGUGAACGAGGUGAAUUUGGUUUUCCAGGAAUUCCAGGAAAACAAGGUCCUCUGGGAAGUCCAGGAAAACCAGGAAUAAUUGGAUUACCUGGAAUGCCGGGUAUGAAAGGUGAAAUGGGGGAUAUGGGUCCUCUUGGAAGAGAUGGAAUUCCUGGAAGAAAUGGAUUAGAUGGAUUACCUGGUAGAAAAGGUGAAGUUGGUGAUAAAGGUUUUCCAGGUUUUCCAGGAAAAAAAGGUUCUUCUGGUUUACCUGGUGAACGUGGAACACCUGGACUACCAGGACUUGUGGGUUUAAAAGGUGAUGCUGCAAUAUUUGGUGGACAUGGAGAUGCUGGAGAUGAAGGGCUACCUGGACUUGCGGGAAGUACCGGAAGGCCAGGACUUAUAGGAUUACCUGGUAUAAAAGGUGAAAGAGGUGUACCAGGUUUAUCAAUAAUUGGAGAACCAGGUGCACCAGGUCUGUUGGGUCCACAAGGGUAUCCAGGAAUUCCCGGAUCUUCUGGACUAAAGGGAGCAAGUGGUAUGAUGGGUAUUCCAGGUUUGGAAGGUCAGAAAGGAAAUAGAGGAGACAUUGGACCAUCUGGUGUUCCAGGAUUACAGGGAUUACCAGGUAUGGUGGGAUUAAAGGGCGACUCUGGACCACCUGGAUUUUAUGGAUUAAUAGGAAUGAGGGGAGAUCCUGGAGAUAUUGGACUUCCUGGAUUGCCUGGAGAAAGAGGAGAUCCAGGUUUUGCGGGAUCAUCGGGUAGAGAUGGAUUUCCAGGCUUACCAGGGGACAAAGGAGAGCCAGGUCUUAAAGGCUUACCAUCAUCAGAGGUUAAUAAAGGAGAACGUGGUGAACCUGGAGCGAGAGGGUUUAUUGGUCCUCCAGGUGAGAAAGGAAAUAAUGGCUUUACAGGUUUGCCUGGACUUAAAGGAGAAAUUGGUGCACAUGGUAUUCCAGGACAGGAUGGAUUUCCUGGUCAAGAUGGAUUAAAAGGUAAAUUUUUGAAUUAACAAUUAAUGUCAAAU